CAACUUCCAUUUAAUUUAAUUUGAAUCUGAAACUCUGCGCAUUGACAUUGGUUAUCAAAUAAUAAUGAUCAUCGUAGCAAAUAGCAGUGCAGAUCGUAACGUCGCUCGCCAGUCCAAAAAUCCUUGUCUGAAAAAGCAAAACAUACCUAAAUAAAAUAGGGUCCUGAGGGCUGCAGCUUACAAUUUAGAUCAGUGGCACAAAAGUUUUAUUGCAUUUCUCUGCAAAGUAUAUCUCAAAGAUCUUAGCGUGACACCACCCAGUAUGUAACAGAGUGACUGUGAACAGAUAAACCGGUGCAAAGAUUAUUUGGUGAACUGUUUGUGUCUUAAAAUUUGGCGAGCAAAAUUUGGAUGGUGCGAAGAUCGAUGGUACCUAAAUUCAAGAAAGAUUCAAUUAAUACAUGUGCAAGCAAGCUCAAGCAAACUUUUUUGAUGAAGGGAAUAGGGAAGUAAAACAAACCAACAGUGGUGGCCCAAAUUGGAUUCUUUGUUUACUGUUGGACCAAAUUGGCAAACUUAGCCUUCUACUCUGUCAGAGCCCCCCCUUCCAACCCCGUUAGCCUUGCAGCUAAGCAAUUCUGAUUGAUUCCCAAAGAAAUGGUGAAAAGAAGGAAAACUUUAUCACCUUUGAAGUUUUACCACAAACACACUUCCCUGAGCAAUUCAAAAAAGUUUUGAACAACAGCAGUUAUCAAUCAACCAAACAAUGUCUGAGGUUCCUGCCUUAACAUUUGGUGAAGCAUUUGAUUACAAGUUGAAGGGCUUAUGUAUUGAUGACUUUCCUUGUGGGAAUGGGAACUGGAGGAGUGGAAAUACUUGGAGAUGUGAUUCUCCAGAUCUGCUGAACCCAAAUAAAGAUCCUAAUGCAAAUUGGGAAUCAAUCCAAUCUUUGAUUGAAGUUUCAUCAAUUGAACCCUUCUCAAUGAGUGCUGAUUGGAGUGAGGAUAUAAUUGAACUGAGAAAAUUAGCUAUCACAAAUCCUGGUCAAAUAACAAGAUAUAAUAUUUUCAAAUAUUUUACAAGGCUGCAAUUGAUUGGAAUGAAUAUAAACACCAUUGAUGAGAGCUUGCUCAAGUUUGCCAAUCUCAAAGAGAUAUCACUCAGUGCCAACAGGAUAAACACCAUUAAUCUAAAGAACAUACCAAAGAGCCUAGAGGUACUUGAGUUGUAUGGCAAUGAUUUAUCAACUAUCGAAAAAUUUUGCUGCAAUCUUUCAAAGCUGGUUCAUCUUGGAGUUGGUUGUAAUUCACUUCAAGAUAUUUCGGCGAUGCUCCAUCCAUCGUGUUGGAGGAGCAUGCUAUCACUUGACUUUUCAUUUAACUCUUUGGCGAACCUGAAGGAGACUUUGGAAGCAUUAAAACAUCUGCCCAAGCUCAGCAACCUGUUACUGAUUGGCAAUCCUUUAUGUUUGGCUGCCAGUUAUCGAGGGCUUACAGUCGACACAUUGAAGCAACUCAAAAUUCUUGAUGAUGUCAGAAUCACUGCUGAUGAGAAACAUCGAUACAACGGAAUAGGCAAGAUCAGAGGUAUUUCUUACGUUGAAGCAGUAUGUGACAUCAAAUUCAAUUCUCUCAAAGGGGUUAGGCCACCAUCUGAUUCAGCGGUUGAUGGCACUGAAGAGUUCCCAAAAAUAGAGUACCGUUAUCACAUAUCCUACCCAUUUCUCAUUGAUGCAGUAGUAAGGAAACAGCCAAAGAGGCAGUGCCAUGUCACCGAUAACGAACAAGAUCCAAACGAAUCCGGUCAUGAAAUUGAAGACAGGGUCAGUGCCAGUGAGACAGACGAUGAUGUGACACAAGUUGAUGUUUGCAUGUUGCGCAAAGAAGGAGAUUAUCUAUUGACAAGAAAAUCAAGAGAAAGAAGCUGGUGUGACGAAAGCAUCAAUAUUAGUCACGAACGAAAACUCGUUUCUGGGGACCUCUCAAACUUAAAGAAACUUUUUUCCGAAGGAAUCACGAUCAAUCUUGUGGAGAACAAAGUUCUUGUAAGUCUGGAUCCUCCGGAAGAGACUGCUUCUGUUCUCGGCGACGCAGAUCAGGAUAAGACCAACAAAGGGGGCAAACAAAAGGGGAAAGAGAAGCAAAAACAACCUCCGCCACCCAAGGCCAACGCAGCGAAGAACCGAAAGAGGAACAAAGGUGAAGAAUUGCCACUUUAUGAGUUGUCGCGGGAGUCAAGGACGGUGGCACAUAUGCAUAUUUCCUUGGAAAGCUUUUUGAAAGGGACCAGCUUUUUUGAGAAGCAGUGCACUUUCAUUGUACCCGAGACAAAUGACAAGGUAGGGGAGCCUCAACAGGACGACACCAAAGAAUCAAAGACUUUAAUAAGCAAGAACCCGCCGGUAGUAGAAGGCAAAUCCAAGGGAAGAGAGUUACGUAAACCAUCACCAGCGAAUUCUACAACUGGGCAAAGAAACAAAUCAGCGCUGUCCCUUAGGCCGGGCAAACCCGAGAAACAAGACAAAAGCGUCAAGACAAAAGACAGCAAACAGUUGAGCGAAAUACAAGAAACAGAACUGAAGCCUCCACCUGAAAUCACCCUCGAAGUGGUUGUCGGUUUGAAUAGUUGGAAAACUGGAAAGGAGGCACAAGAGUGGAUAAAUAACGCUGUUUAAUGCAAAUAGCUUCCUAACUUACUUUAAUUUAUAAUUAUUGUACAGCGUCUUUUUAUUGUAUAUACAUUGCGUAGUAUUGCCUGUAAGAUGUCGCAGCAUUAACCCUAAGUACCAUAUUUUCUACUGAAAACAUAAACCCUAGCACACAUUUACACGCAAUUUUUAAUAUUUUUCUGACAACACUCAGUUAGGUUCCACAAAAUGUAGAUAAGGAAAUUUUUUUAAUAUAAUCCUAAUUUAAUGUAUUUUAUAGACGUUUCGUUCGAAAAUUAUAUCUUCUUUUAAGAUUGUUAAAAUCAGGUUCAAGAUAGCACAAAGUAUGCUAUCUUGAACUUGAUUAUAAGGUAGAAUGCCUUUGGAGAGUUUGAAGGUAGUAUCAGAAUUAGAAAUGGCUCGUGUAUGACAUCAUGUGAUUUUUGAGAAGCAAUUCAAAUGGUAUGGCUUGAAGUUAAAACUGUUAUAUCAUUUGUUUGCUUUCUAAAGCUAAGGCCUCCCAUACUUCUGAGAAAACCUACUUUGUUGUCAAGAGGUGAAGGGGAUCGUAACUUUCAAUUGAUAUCUACCGAAAAAUAUACUCACAAUUUUUGUCCCUGUUUGAUUAAUAAUUUAGCAAAGAAUGACGCUGCAGCCA